AUGUCGAGACAGUUUGUGCGGUCCGCGAAGAACGUGAUGAAGGGGUACUCCUCGACGCAGGUGCUCGUGAGGGAUGCGACGGCGAACGACGGUAGGACGCCACAUUUGGAUACGCUGGAGGAUAUUGCUGGGUUGUCCUUUGACUCGGUCGAUUUCUUCGAGAUUAUGGAUGUAUUGGAGAAGAGACUCAAUGAUUCAGGGAAGUACUGGCGGCACAUUGAGAAGUCGCUCACCGUGUUGGAUUACCUGGUGAGGUUUGGGUCUGAACACUGUGCUGAUUGGGCAAGGGACCACUUGUUUUUGCUUAAAGCUUUGAGGAAUUUCAGGUUUGUAGAUGAUGGGAUUGGGUUUGAUCAGGGGCAGAUUGUGAGAGUUAAGGCGAGAGAUCUCGUGGAAUUGUUACAAAGUGGUGAGCAAUUGGGUGGGCGGAAAGCCAAGAGGGCUAGAGGUGCGAGUAGAAGAGACCGUGGCAGAAGAAGAGGGGGCGACCGAGGUGGAGGGGAGUACCGCCAGAGAGGUGAUGACCCUGAAGACGAGUACUACCCGAGACCAGCCGGUGGACCGCCUCCACAGAGACAGGGCUACGAAAGUGGUGGCGCUCGUGGUAACGAUGAUGACGAUCUGCAGAGAGCGAUAGAGGAGAGCAAGAGAACAGUGCAGGAGGACGAGGAGAGAAGGAGACAGCUCAGCAUGUACGACGAGGAGGAUCCAGAGUUUCAGGCUGCAUUGCAACUCAGCAGAGAGGAGGAAGAGUUGAAGAACUUGCAACAUUUGCAAAGACUACAGCAGCAACAGCAACAGCAACAGCAACAGCAACAAUUGAACACGGCAUACCUCGAUGUCUUUGGGAACCCUGUAUCUCAGGACGAGUACCAGGAGUACCAAAGACAGCAACAGGUAUGGGAACAGCAACAGGAACAACAGAGACUGGCCCAAGAUCAGUACAUGCAAUUGCAACAGCAGCAACAAGCACAAGAACAGGCUCUCCAACAACAACAGCAACAAGCACAAGAACAGGCUCUGCAGUUGCAACAGCAGCAACAAGCACAAGAACAGGCUCUGCAACAACAACAGCAGCAGCAGCAGGCAUUGCAACAACAGCAAGCACAGGAGCAAGCUAUGCAACAGCAACAACAGCAACAGCAACAGUUUCUGCAAGCCCAACAGCAACAACCAAUGACGACGGGAUCCAAUAACCCUUUUGCAGUGAAUGCGGCUCCAAUACAACAGCCAAAUUAUACCCAGUCGCCUAACAACUACGUUUCACCGCAACAAAACUAUGCACCACCGCAACCACCACGUCCAUCACAGCCCUCGCAACAACAGUCACCUCAGCAGUCACCCCAACAAGCGUACAAUCCGUACUCUUCGCCACAACAGGUUCCAAAUGCCCAGUUUUCAGGAAACGUUCCGACGGGUUCCCCAGGACAAGAGGCCCAUGGUAGGGCCCCAGCACCGGUACCACAACCCAUGCCUCGCAUGAACACAGGGAACCAAGAAGUGACGAACAAAUACAGCGAAUUAAACAACCUGCUGGCACAGGGCACUGGCGUGGACACCUUCGGUAACGAGGGCACGCAGCGUAUCCCAGCACAGCACACGCAGACUGGAACGUUUAUAAACUCACAAGGUACAGGAUUCAAGCAGGUUAACAGUGAGGGUAAGGACCCGAAUAGCAACCCGUUCCUCAACAGCCAGUACACGGGCCUUCCAAGUACAGGAAUCGUGCCAGCUUACACGGGGUAUGGAUUCGGUAACCAGAGUGAUCAACAGAAUGCGCCACAACAACAACAGCAGUACCAGCAGCAACCACAACAGCAGCAGCAGCAGCAGCAGCAACCACAACAGCAGUACCAGCAACAGCCGCAACAACCGUACCAACAACAACCGCAGCAGCAGCAACAACCGCCUGAUCAAGUAGUCUCACUCAUUGAUCUAUAG